CUUAUCAUUCAUUCUUCUUAACUAUACCAUUAUAAAUACCCAUCUUCAUCAUUCUCCCAUUCAUAAUUCCAAUUAAUUAAAAAAUGUAUUCAUCAGCUUCAAGCAACUAUAAUAAAUCUCCGGCGCCCCACAAAGAGCCUCCGACUGGCAUCCCGGUAGGUGGGCCACCACCGAAUCAAGCCCCCGCCGUUUGGUCCUCCGGUCUAUGUGACUGCUGUGACGAUGCCUCAAAUUGUUGCAUAACAUGGUGUUGCCCGUGCAUCACAUUUGGACGGAUUGCUCACAUUACGGACAAAGGGGCAACUUCUUGUUGCGCAAGUGGGGCCCUGUAUUGUCUCAUAGCAGCUUUUAUUGGAUGCCCUUGUUUGUAUUCAUGCUUCUAUCGUUCAAAGCUUAGGAAGGACUAUAUGUUGCCUGAAAGCCCCUGCGGAGAUUGCCUUGUUCAUUGUUGCUGUGAAAGCUGCGCUCUGUGCCAAGAGUACCGUGAACUCAAACACCGUGGAUUCAACAUGUCACUUGGAUGGGAAGGAAAUAUGGAGAGACAAAAUAUGGGAGUUGGAAUGACGGCUCCUGGAGUUCAAGGAGGAAUGAACCGAUAAUUCAGUUUGCAUACUAGGGUGGUUAAACUACAUACUUUGUUCCAACAAUUGUCAAACACAUUUCAUAAUCUGUCUUAGUUUUAACUAUGUGUGUGUCUGUCUGUCAUAAGUUUUACAUUUGCUUUGUGUGUACGUUCCAAUGCGAUAAGUUUUUAAGUUUAAUGAAUGUCCGCCAGGAGGACGAAUCAUAUGGUAGGUGGAAGCUGGUUUUCCUUUACAUGUUAUGGAACAUUUGGAAGGCUGGCCGGUGAUUUGUUUGUGUUCAUUAAUAAAUUUAAAUUUUCUUCUAGUAAAA